AUGUGUGACGGAGCAAAGGAUAACUCACCGAGUUUUAUUGUAGGGAAUCAUUUCGAUGAUACCGCAUCAACUAUUGACACUGCUUCUGUCUAUGAUCUUAAGGCCCGACGCCACGAUGACGAUGAGGAAACUGUCGAUGAGACGCUGAGUCUAGCCAGUGUUCCCGUCGGCCGUUCCGCUGUCGGCGAUAGAAAUUACGGAGAAGAAACGGACGGGCUUGGAAUUAACGAUUCAAGAGAUGUUGAGACCGAGCUCCCCGCACAUGCCUGCGCGUUUGUCACCUCUCCCCCUCAUCUGCUUUUUAUAUCCCAGCGCAUACUGAUAUGAUUUAUAGAUACUGCGGGAUCCAUUCCCCCUCCUGCGUGGUGAAAUGCCUUGCUUGCAACAAAUGGUUCUGCAGUGCCAGGGGUAACACCUCGUCGUCUCACAUUAUCAAUCACCUUGUUCGUGCUCGCCAUAAGGUAAAAUCACUGCUCCGCUCGCACCCGUUCUCCUAUAUGCUGAUCCCCCCCCCUCAGGAAGUAUCACUUCACCCCCAAUCGUCUCUUGGUGACACAACUCUUGAGUGCUACAACUGUGGGACUAAAAAUGUUUUCCUGCUCGGAUUCAUACCUGCAAAGUCAGAUACUGUGGUUGUUCUCCUAUGUCGGCAGCCAUGUGCGGCCAUGUCAUCUAAUAAAGACAUGAAUUGGGACACCUCUCGCUGGCAGCCCUUGAUCGAGGACCGCUCGUUCCUCCCGUGGCUCGUAUCGACUCCCACUGAUGCCGAACAAUUGCGGGCCCGUCACCUUUCUCCUCAAAUGAUUGGCAAAUUGGAGGAGCUCUGGAAAGAUAACGCUAGUGCCACAGUUGCUGAUUUGGAGAAAGGUGCUGGUGUCGAUGACGAACCUGCACCGGUUUUGCUCCGCUAUGACGAUGCAUACCAGUAUCAGAAUGUUUUCGGUCCUCUCGUCAAGAUAGAGGCGGACUAUGAUCGUAAACUAAAAGAGUCUCAGAGCCAGGACAACUUGAUUGUGCGCUGGGACCUGGGUCUGAAUAACAAGCAUUUGGCAUCUUUUGUUCUCCCCAAACUCGAACUUGGCGACGUUAAGCUCGCUGUCGGGGACGAGAUGCGUCUACGUUACAUAGGCGAACUUAGGCCUCACUGGGAGGGCGUCGGCUAUGUUAUCAAGAUUCCGAAUAACCAGAGCGACGAGGUCACCCUCGAACUUCGGCGCAAUGGAGGGGAUAAAUCUGUGCCCACGGAGUGCACUCAUGCAUUCUGUGCUGAUUAUGUUUGGAAAGCUACUAGCUUUGACAGGAUGCAGCUGGCAAUGAAGAGCUUUGCAGUGGACGAGAUGAGUGUUAGUGGGUAUAUUUAUCACCGCUUACUUGGUCAUGCUGUUGCGGCUGCUCCUCUUAAAACAAGUAUGCCGAGGCGGUUUUCCGUGCCCGGUCUCCCCGAAUUGAACGUGAGCCAGGUUCAUGCCGUCAAGAGUGUGUUAUCCAAACCACUUUCCCUUAUUCAAGGACCUCCGGGAACAGGAAAAACAGUCACCUCAGCAACAAUUGUAUACCAUCUUGCUAAGACAAACGUUGGACAAGUCCUUGUUUGUGCACCCUCGAAUGUCGCUGUGGAUCAAUUGACUGAGAAGAUACAUCGCACCGGAUUAAAGGUUGUUCGUCUUACAGCAAAGUCCCGCGAAGAUGUCGAUUCACCUGUUUCCUUUCUUUCUCUACAUGAGCAGGUCCGCUUGAACGAUACUAACGUGGAACUCGUCAAGCUUGGACAACUGAAGAACGAGCUAGGCGAACUUUCUUCGCAAGAUGAAAAGAAGUUCAAACAUCUUACCCGCAAUGCCGAGCGAGAGAUAUUAACAAAUGCCGAUGUGAUCUGUUGCACCUGUGUUGGUGCGGGUGACCCUAGACUUGCGAAGUUAAAAUUCCGAACCGUACUUAUCGACGAGAGCACCCAGGCCGCUGAGCCAGAAUGCAUGAUACCUCUGGUUCUCGGAUGUAAGCAAGUCGUUCUGGUCGGUGACCAUCAGCAGCUUGGUCCGGUUAUUAUGAACAAGAAAGCAGCCCGCGCUGGCCUACACCAGUCUCUCUUUGAACGCCUGGUCAUCUUGGGAUGCGCUCCUAUCAGAUUGAAUGUCCAAUACAGGAUGCACCCCUGUCUAUCGGAAUUUCCCAGCAACAUGUUCUACGAAGGGAGCUUGCAAAAUGGUGUUACCACUCAGGAGAGACUGAGGAGAAAUGUUGACUUUCCGUGGCCAGUAGCAGACACGCCAAUGAUGUUCUGGAGCAACUUGGGUAAUGAAGAAAUUUCCGCUAGUGGAACCAGCUAUCUCAAUCGUACCGAGGCGUCCGCUUGCGAGAAGAUCAUCACUCGCUUUUUCAAGGCCGGUGUAUCACCAUCCCAGAUUGGUAUCAUCACACCUUACGAAGGCCAGCGUUCAUACAUUGUCUCGUCCAUGCAAACCAACGGGGCCUUACGUAAAGAACUUUACAAAGAAAUCGAAGUUGCCUCCGUCGAUGCAUUCCAGGGCAGAGAAAAGGAUUACAUUGUUCUCUCUUGCGUUAGAUCUAACGACCAUCAAGGGAUUGGAUUCUUGAACGACCCCAGACGUCUUAACGUGGCUUUGACAAGAGCUAAAUUUGGGGUAGUCAUCCUUGGAAACCCGAAAGUGUUGUCAAAGCAUCCCUUGUGGCAUUAUCUUUUGCUCCAUUACAAGGACAAAAACUGUUUGGUUGAAGGACCAUUGAGCAAUCUCCAGGUUUCCCUGAUUCAAUUCUCGAAACCGAGACAGUCCUACCGUAGCCCCCAACGCUACCAGAUGGCAUACCAGGCCGCUCCUAACGGAGGCGUCCUUACAGGCUCAAGGCUUCCCGGCGGUAUCGGUCCAGCCGCUACAAAUGUUCCGAAUCCCAUCAAGCCUCCAACCAGACAGCCUGAGUAUAACGACUCGGGAAGUGUGAUAGGCUAUAUACCCGACGAUGUUAGCUCGGUCCAUUCCGUCGCGGUUACUAGUGCUUUUCCACCAAUGUUUAGAGGGUUCGCCAUGGAUAAUUGGCCCGCUCUUCCCCGCGGCGCAGCGCCGUCUACAAUUGCGCCUAGUGAGGCAGAUGUAUCAUCGAUCGCAGGCUCUAGCUCUGUCACUGGUGGUGGGGGUGUUCCGUUAGGCUCCUCCGCAAAUUCGGUUGCCGGUGGUAGCGUAAUCGGGGGAAAGUCGACAAGCCUGAGUCAGAGUGAUAGACUGAAGAGAUAUGUUGAGAGCGGUAGGGCAGGGUCUGGAAUGGGUAUGGGGAUGGAUUUGAGUGGAGGAUAUAAAACUGGGGUGGAAGGGAGUGUUUAUGGAGGUAGCAGUGUUGGAGGGGUCGGUGUUGGCCUAGGGAGGCGGGGGGAUCUAGACGACGAUGUUAGAAGCGUCUCUACGGCCUUUGCGAGUCAGGCCGGGAUGACCAGCUACGAUUGAGACCCUCAAACGCUCCCACAAAAGGCGUGGGUGGUCGAAGGAAAAAUAACUCCGAGAAUAGUGGAACCGUCGCGUUUUGGAAGAACUGCCCGUUGGGUUCUUUCAAGUCUAAAAAAGGUCUACCGAAGACUAUUGUCACCAUCAAAAUCCCUACCUACCUACCUCAACCUCGUUCCUCCCCUCCCUUCUCUAGUCUUUUCAUGAAACGGCUAGAGAUGGUGCCACAACCAUCUGUAAGGCAGUGGCUACUGGAUCUAUCACCACCCCGGGAAGCUUUCAUCCUUGAUCUGGAUGUGCGAGUGGUUUCCGGGAAAAGUUGUAUCUGAGUUGGGUGGAAUUGUGGGAAUCUGUUUGGGCUUUUCGCUGGGAUACUGUUGUUGAUAGAUCGAAUUAAACAUUUAGUUGACGCAUUCGUGACAAUCUUUGCUUUAUUUAUAAUUUGGAGAGUGCUCCACUAUGGGAGCCGUUUUCUCAGAGCAUCUUUUGUAUUAUAGUAACCGGCACUGCUCGUGAGGAGGGUAUCGCAAGGGCUCAUCCCACCUAAGUGCGAAGGGGUCACUCUUCCCCUCUUGCUCCAUUAGCAUUCUACAGGUAGUCUAGACCACUUUCUUACGGAGGUACGAGUACAGCGCCCAAGUUUUGUAGGUUCCACAAGUGAGGCUUGCUGUAUUUAGCCCCUACGGAGAAUACAAAACUUAGGAGCUGUACCUCCGUAUUGUUCAUACAAUAACAUUAAUUCAAGUUUGCAC